CUCAUUUUGGUCUCUUAAUUCCCUGGUGCUAAACCCCACCGGCAUUUGCAAAGAACUGUUUCUCAUUUUCAGACGAAAAAGAACUGAGGCCGGGCGCGGUGGUUCACGCCUGUAAUCCCAGCACUCUGGCAGCCCGAGGGGGCUGGAUCGCCAGAGCUCUGAGUUUGAGACCAGCCUGAGCCAGAGCGAGACCUCGUCUCCAAAAAUAGGCGGGCGUUGUGGGGGGCGCCUAUAGUCCCAGCUACUCAGGAGGCGGAGGCAGGAGAAUCGCUUGAGCCCACGAGUUUGAGGUUGCUGUGAGCUAUGAUGCCGCGGCGCUCUACUGAGGGUGACAAAGUUGAGAAAAGGGACAUCCGAGCCACGUCCACUCGAGGGCCGAGGUGAGAUCGCCCCGGCCCGAGUGACCAUAGAGUCUGGCGGGCGGGGAGAGGGGCCCGAAGCCCGGGCCGCUCCGUCCCGGCUUCCGGCAGCGCCUCGCUGCUCCGGGAGCGGCUGUGGCCGCGUACGCAGUUUCCAUGGGGACGGAAGAUGGCGCCGCGAGGUGAGAUUCCGGAGGUGUGUGAGUCGCUGGCCCCUAUCCCGUCCGUGCUCCCCUGCCCCAGAGCUCGACGUCAACCCUCUAUCCUUGAGCGUCGGGAACAUGGCGGCUCCGUAGCCCAAAGCGGGGUUCCGCAGACCCGCCCACCCUGGGUGCUCAAGGACUCAGACACCCCAAGUCCUCGGCUGGCCUUUUCUAGGUUGGCAUCGGACGGGCCAAUGCUGGUUUCUGUGCUCUGCUUCCCGUCCCAGCGCGUGGCGGGGUUGGAUCUUUGAGGAACCUUUCAGCUGUGAUUUCCUCCGAGUUACCCCUUGACUUUCCCUCCUCCCCCCACCCCCGAAGCCGAAAGAGUCGAGUUAGAUGGUGAUUCUGGGAAAGAAGGGGAGUGAAGGAAACCCCUUUCGCGCCCGCCCCCUAGGCCCCGCCACCUCAUUGUCAGCAAUCAGAAAGGUGGCGAGUCCCACGAGCUGCGCCCUUGUGUUUUCUCCAAGUUAGACACUGCACCGUGCAAGGAACAGAGAUCAAGUAGCGCUCCCUCCGGUCCCACUUCUCUAUGCUCUUUUCAGGUAAACGGUUGUCCUCAACGCCUCUGGAAAUCCUGUUCUUUCUGAACGGGUGGUAUUAUGCUACCUAUUUCCUGCUGGAACUCUUCAUAUUUUUGUAUAAAGGUCUUCUGCUACCAUAUCCCAUGGCCAACUUAGUGCUAGAUGUGGUGAUGCUCUUCCUUUAUCUUGGAAUUGAAGUAAUUCGACUCUUUUUUGGUACAAAAGGAAACCUCUGCCAGCGAAAGAUGCCACUUGGCAUUAGCAUGGCUUUGACCUUCCCAUCUGCUGUGAUGGCCUCCUACUACCUGCUGCUACAGACCUACGUGCUCCGCCUGGAAGCCAUCAUGAACGGCAUUUUGCUCUUCUUCUGUGGCUCAGAGCUGCUACUUGAGGUGCUCACCCUGGCUGCUUUCUUCAGUAUGGACAGGAUUUGACGUGCAGAAAUUUCAGCCAGCAGCUCAUCAGGCUGACACUACACACCCUUCUGGUACUUGUGUCAUACCAGUGAGAAGUGGUGGAUCAAUUUUCCUGGGAAAGGUGAUGCAGUACAGACAUGUGGGUAACCAACCCAGCAUAAGGCCAGUGCGCAGCAUCUUCUAAACCUGACCAUCAGCCCGAGAGACUCUUCUGCACUGAAGUGUAGAGAGGGGCAAGGCUAUCCCUAUCCUGGCCCUUCUCAGCACCAAGUUCUCCUUUUUGAUCAUUGUGGCAGGGCAUCUUGUGUGGACCAUCUAGGCUCGUCGGGCUUCCAGUAGGACCCGAGCCACAAGCCCCUGUAUGUUCUGUGCCAUACCUGUCCUGUGUGAGCCUGGAGAGCCUCAUGUCGGUGGAUUCCCAGAAUGAUGCAAAGCCUCUGACCCCACUGCUCAAAGAGACUCAGCUUCAAAGCUUUUUUAGUAGCUCAUAGUGUUAUUUUUCUACUCUCAUCAUGAAACAAACAUUAUUUUAUAAUAAAUAUGUAUUUUCUGCUG